CUCAGGGCCAAGCGGCCGCACAAACCGAACAUCAACAACAUCAUCUCGCACCCAGUCACAGCGACCAAUCAGAAUCCCGCUUAUUGCCGGGUGCCGGAGGCCAAAACCGUAAAUAAACACGGAUCCGAUUUUUAAAAGAUAAAAUAACCAUCACUGCGCCGCCUGAGGGAAAAUAUUAAUUAGAGAGCAAAAUCGGAGCGGCUGGUUGGAUGACAACAAGGGUUCUAAUGGAGGUGUGUGUGGAUUCAGUGGAAUCUGCUAUCAAUGCUCAGAGGGGAGGAGCAUCUCGGAUUGAACUGUGUUCUGGCCUAAUGGAAGGAGGCAUCACCCCCAGUAUAGGUCUGCUGCAGGUGGUGAAACAGUACGUGAGGAUUCCAGUGUUUGCCAUGAUACGCCCGCGGGGAGGGGACUUCCUGUACUCUGACAGCGAGAUUGAAAUUAUGAAAGCUGACAUCAAGAUGGCCAAAGCCAACGGUGCGGACGGCACUGUGUUUGGGGUUCUGACAGAGGAUGGAAGAGUCAACGCUGAAGUGUGCAUGGAUUUAAUUGCUGAAUCACGACCUUUGUCCGUGACUUUUCACAGAGCAUUUGAUAUGGUGCAUGACCCCAUGACGGCCCUGGAGUGCCUCAUCUCGCUGGGCUUUGAGCGGGUUCUCACCAGCGGGUGCGACAGCACGGCACUUGAGGGGCUGCCUACCAUCAAGUGCCUGGUAGAACAAGCAAAACAAAGGAUUAUUGUCGUACCAGGGGGUGGAAUAACAGAGAGAAAUGUGCAGCGGAUUCUGGAGGGUUCCGGAGCCCAGGAGUUUCACUGCUCUGCCCGAUCCUCUAGAGACUCUUUAAUGAAAUUUAGAAACUCCUCUGUUUCCAUGGGAGCAUCUCUCACUCCGCCAGAGUACAGUGUGAAAGUGGCAGACAUCUGCAGGAUAAAAACAAUAAUCACUAUUGCCAAGGACACUGUAUAAAUACCAAGAAUCUUACAGCUAAGAAAACCAGGGAAUAAAUACUGCUACUAAAAUGGAAGAUACACUGAAGCAUUUACCUGAUCGAGUACGGGUCUGUACAGUUCAACAAUUGUGACUUGUUUAUUAACUGGGAGAGGAACAAGCAAGAUGUUUGGGUUGAACACAAUUCUUUAAAGAGGAAGCUGGCUGAGGAACCUUUUUACAUAAUUUUUGUACAAUUUGUAAAUGAUCAGCUCUAUUUUCAAAGCAGUGCAACCAGGAUCCUUAUUUGUAGUGUCUGGUCGUGUGAAGAAGGAGCUCUACAUGCACUCCUUACAAGGAGUGUGAUCGACCGCCAGUGCUCACAGCUUACUUUUAUAACAAUUAAAAAUUGUUAACUGAA